UGUGUGUGUGCGUGUGCGAGAGAGAGCGCGAGAUUGUCGCGGCUCGGAGCGUGUGUUCUUUCCUUUCACCAGCUAAACUGAAAUGGAAACAGAAUGGGAAAAUGUUAGACGCUGAACGUCAGUGAUAUCAAGGAAAGGAUAAAGACAUUAAGUGCAUAAUUGGCCACAACUGUAAUUAUUGGUGCUUUGAAUUUAUAAGGCUCGCUCUUGUUAUACGCGUGCGCGCUUAUUCCAUCUUGACGGUACACCGUAGUGGUUCCACUGGGUUCAACUUUCACAUCUGGCUCAAUUUCUGUGCUGAUAAUUGCUUCAAUUAGGCUACACCCUGCAUUCCAGGUGUAGGCUACAUGCAGCUAUGAGGAAUAGAGACUACAUUUUUCAAUGUCUGUUCAUCUGCCUCUCGUUGACGGUCGUCUGGCAAACGAGGCCAGUCAUUGCUGAUCCUACAACAGAUGCCUUCAAGAACAACAUCACUCUCUUCACACGGAUUCUCGACAGACUUCUAGAUGGCUAUGAUAAUCGCCUUCGACCCGGCCUUGGGGAUCGUGUGACAGAGGUGAAUACCAAUGUCUACGUCACCAGCUUUGGCCCAGUUUCAGAUACAGACAUGGAAUACACGAUAGACGUGUUCUUCCGGCAAAGCUGGAAAGACGAGAGGUUGAAAUUCGACGGGCCCAUGGACAUACUGCGGCUGAACAACUUGAUGGCCAGUAAAAUAUGGACUCCGGACACGUUCUUCCACAACGGGAAGAAGUCGGUGGCUCACAACAUGACCAUGCCCAAUAAGCUACUGAGGAUUCAAGACGAUGGCACCCUACUUUACACCAUGAGGUUGACGGUUCACGCAGAGUGUCCCAUGCAUCUGGAAGAUUUCCCCAUGGACUUCCACUCAUGUCCCCUGAAGUUUGGCAGCUAUGCCUAUACAAUGUCAGAGGUGACUUACGUUUGGACCAGUAAGCCUGCAGACUCUGUGGUGGUGGAAGGAGAGAGCUCCCGUUUGAACCAGUACGACCUGCUCGGCCAAACAGUGGGCCAAGAAACCAUCAAGUCCAGCACAGGCGAAUACACUGUCAUGACGGCACAUUUUCAUUUGAAGCGGAAGAUUGGUUACUUUGUGAUACAGACCUAUCUACCAUGCAUCAUGACUGUCAUCCUCUCCCAAGUGUCCUUCUGGCUGAACAGAGAGUCCGUGCCAGCUAGGACUGUGUUUGGUGUAACCACUGUGCUGACAAUGACCACCCUGAGUAUAAGUGCUCGUAACUCCCUCCCCAAGGUGGCCUACGCCACGGCCAUGGACUGGUUCAUCGCUGUCUGCUACGCCUUUGUCUUCUCCGCCCUCAUCGAGUUUGCCACCGUCAACUACUUCACAAAGCGCGGCUGGGCCUGGGACGGGAAGAGCAUUGUGAAUGACAAGAAAAAAGAGAAGGCCUCCGCCAUGAAGAAGAACAACGCGUACGCCGUGGCGUUGGCUAACUAUGCACCCAACAUCACCAAAGACUCUGGGUUGUCCACCAUCGCCAAGGGCGGCGCUGCUGACCUCAACAUGGCGGUUGGCAAGGUGGGUGGCAAAGCAGACCCAAAGAAGACUUUCAACAGUGUGAGCAAAAUCGAUAGGAUUUCGAGGAUUAUGUUCCCGGUCCUGUUUAGCAGCUUCAACUUAGUCUAUUGGGCCACAUACUUAAACAGAGAACCUUAUAUAAAGGAUAUGGUGCCCGCAACCUAGAGGCCUCUCCUGCAUUGUAAUAUAUCCGAAUUACGGGACUAAAAGACUUAGCAAAUACGACUAGUAUCUGCUAACUCUUGGUUCGUUGGUACAAGACCCUGGAUUGCUUUGUGUCCUUCUCUUUCCUGUUUUUUCUACACCACUUUCUGCAGUGCUUUUGGAAAGAACUGGCCUUUGUAAAUACAGCAUAAAUGUAUAAUCAUGGCUUUUGUGCGUUUCGUGAUAUAAUCAGUGAAAAAUACAUUUAUUUUGUGCGCUUAUGUUUUAUUGACCAUUGAUGGCUCCAUGUUUGAAAAGUUUAUGAAUGGAAUCUCGAGAUGUUUAUUUUAGUCCAAAAGUUUUAGAAAAUCUUUUUUUUUUAUAUAUUUCAUCUUAUUUUUUAUUUUUUUGUGGGCUAAGUAUGUAAUAUUUCUCAGCGACCAGUAUUUCUCAAUUAUGUAUAAAGUUAUCUUUUUCUAUACAAGCCAAUACAAAAAAAUAAGAUUUUUUUUAAAAAAUGCUUACGUUUUAUUGCAAUGUAGUAUAUUAUUUUGUUAAACAAAAUAUCAACAUAAGCAACACAAUGUUUUUUGUGUGUUUAUUUACCAUACUGUGUAAUGAUUGAUUAUUCAUUGAUUUUAUUUGCCAGUAAAAAAAAAACAUUUACCCACUGUACAUACAUUUAAAAACAUGACAGGGAUAACACAAAAAAGUCUGACUUAUUUCCAUUGUGAAGCCUUAAAAUGGAAUGGAUGAAGGGGAUGAUUGAAGCGUUUGAGGGAGGGUGGGAGUAUCAAUGAUCUCAGUGGAGGGAGAAUCAUGGUAGCAGACAGGGAAGUCUGACAGUCAGUCAGACACGGACAGGCCCGUAGCCUCAGCCACGCAUCUCACCGUCUCAGAUGACCUGUGUAGCCAUUUGGCUCAGACUAAGUACAGUGCCUUCGGAAAGUAUUCAGACUCCUUGACUUUUUCCUAAUUUUAUUACAUAACAGCCUUAUUCUAAAAUGGAUUAUAUUUUUUUUAAAUCCUCAGCAAUCUACACACAAUACCCUAAAUUGACCAAGCAAAAACACGUUUUUAUGCAUUUUUGCUAAUUUAUAAAAAACAAAACAAAAAUACCUUAUUUACAUAAGCAUUCAGAACCUUUGCUAUGAGAUUCGAAAUUUAGCUCAGGUACAUCCUGUUUCCAUUUAUCAUCCUUGAGAUGUUUCUGCAACUCGAUUGGAGUACACCUGUUAUAAAUUAAAUUGAUUGGACAUGAUUUGGAAAGGCACACCUGUCUAUUUACCAUGUGACACAUGGUGGUGGGAGCACCAUGCUAUGGGGAUGUUUUUCAGCGGCAGGGACUGGGAGACUAGUCAGGAUCGUGGGAAAGAUGAACGGAGCUAAGUACAGAGAGAUCCUUGAUGAAAACCUGCUCCAAGAGCGUCCAGGACCUCAGACUGGGGCGAAGGUUCACCUUCCAACAGGACAACGACCCUAAACACACAAGCUAGACAAGCAGGAGUGGCUUCAGGACAAGUCUCUGAAUGUCCUUGAGUGGCCCAGCCAGAGCACGGACUUGAAACCGAUCGAAUAUCUCAUGAGAGACCAGAAAAUAGCUGUGCAGCAACGCUCCCCAUCCAACCUUGAGAGGAUCUGCAGAGAAGAAUGGGAGAAACUCCCCAAAUACAGGGUUUCCAAUCUUGUAGCGUCGUACCCAAGAAGACUCAAGGCUGUGGUCGCUGCCUAAGGUGCUUCAACAAAGUACUGAGUAAAGGGUCUGAAUACUUAUGUAAAUGUGAUAUUUCAGUUUUCUUUUUUAUACAUUUGCAAACAUUUAAAAAAAAAAAAUUGUUUUUGUCAUUUUGGGGUAUUGUGUAUAGAUUAAUGAGGAAAAUUAAUUAUUUAAUACAUUUUAGAAUAAGGCUUUAGCGUAACAAAAUGUGGAAAAAGUUAAGUGGUUCGAAUACUUUCUGAGGACACUGUAUGUAGCUUGUCAUUCAUACUUCUGUGCAGCACCCACAUGGGUGAUGCCACUGCUGCCGUCAGGCGCUGAAAGCUCACCACACUUAUGUAUGACGUAGUUGGUGUUUCACUUCGACAAGCUGUCGCAGUCCUCUCUCUGUUCUGCUCAUCACUGUGUAAGGAUGUUUCAAGUUGUUAAAAUUAUAUUUGGAUGAUUGUCCUUUCUACAUUGGAGGCAGGUGGCAUUUUCCUCACGCAAAAAAAGCACUGAACUGUGCAAAAAAAGAAGAGUGCAAUUUUGCCCAUUUUUACUUCUAUUCGUCAAUUUUUAAGUUAGGACAUGCGGAAGGCGAAGGAGCUCAAUAAUGCCAGCCGCCGAUAAACCCCAGAAGAAGGCCUGUUUUCCCGCAGUUCUGUUAACGAUGGCAAGUGUUCAGCAGGCCGGAGCGAAGGGCAUUGUGUGCUAGCUUAGCCAGCUAGUCCUAAGGCGGACUCCGGUAUACAGUAGGUGGGAGGUAGUGGCGACACUGUGUGCUAGCUAACUAGCAAGCUAGCUAGCACAAGAUGUCGCUAAAUAUUAAGCUAGCUAGUAUACGGUGUCACCCUAGCCUCCCAUCUGCUGUGCUAGCAGGAGGCGGGGAUGACCAGUAGACAGUGUCCUUCCCCACGCCUGACGGGCACGGUUUUCGCCGGUACACAGCAGGCGGGAGCGACACAGUGUGUUAGCUAGCACAUAGUGUCGCUAACUAGCAAGCUAGCUGGUUAGCUAGCACACGGUGUCGCCCUAGCCUCCCGUCCUCUGCUGUGCUAGAGGGAGGUGGGGGCAACGGUAGACAGCGUCCUUCGCCACCUGCCUGUCUGGCACUGUUUUCCCGCAGUUCUGUUAAGAACGGUGAGGGCAGGUGUUCAGCAGGUGAGCGAAGGACACAGUCUACCGGUGUCGCUCCCGCUUUCUAGCAAGGAAUCUUGUAAAAAACUCUGAAAAAAACUGAUAAUACUUUCAUUUCCCUUUUGACCCACAUUCAAAAGUUACUACAAGCAUGAAGUGGUGUCCAUGACGGAACCAUUGGGACUCGAGGGGGUGUGGUGUUCCUGCAGAUUCUUUUACGAUAUACAUGUAUAUCAGAAGGCGGAUAAUAUGUAUCAGAGCAUUAAAAUGUGUUGCACAUGUACAUGCUUUUCAUUCACUGAAGUUUGAGUCCCGGUCGGUGCUACAGUAUACUUCCAUGUCUGGUUUCAUUGACUCUCCCCUUUAACUGCCCCUAAUUAACAAAGGUUUAGCUACAACUUCUGAAUCCGUUGGAGAGGAUCAGCUUGAGCAAAGUGAGGUGUAUAAUCACGGAUCUACAAAUAGUAUUCGCUGGCAAAUAAUAGGCUUUGUGAGAUUAAGAUUCGCAGAGCUACGCCUCCCCUGACUUAGGCGAUCCCCCCCACCAUACACACACGCACAACCAGACAUUGACUGACUGAUUGGAGACAGCUUGUGUCAAUUAAAUAACAUUUCCUAUGAUUUUAUACCUGCAGGAAACCUAGUGGAUAAUGCUGGAAAUAUUGAUGAAUGCAAAGUGCCAACAAAAAAAAGCAGAAAAUCAUGGCCCUACACAUGACAUCUUUUGAAAAGUAAAGGUUUAGGCACAGCUUAUUGGCAGUUUAUUUUGAUUUGUUAUGAGGGUAGCAUUCACUUUAUCUACCAUCAUUCAGUACCUUGGUUAUAUACAAUUUCCCCUCAGACACAAAAAAAUACAAGCGUGUUUACGAGAGAGAGAAAUGUCGCCCAACAUCUAUGUUAGUUAUGUACACUGUCACACUGGUCUUGUUGAUGAAGAUUAUUGAGCACCCAGAAAUGAAUGGAACUUAUUUUGUCAUUAACAGGCUUUGUAUGAAGUGGCAUCAAUAGGAUGUGUUGUUUGAUUGCUACAAUGGUGCUAGCCUGUUCUAAAUCCUCAGAUCAAUUAAGCGAUAUUUCAUAGGUAAUUGGGUGUUGAUCAAAGACCCUAUGGACCAAACACCCACAAGUGCUUCAAAACAAAUUUGCACCCGUGUCUACACAUUAUUAUAACAAUUGUUUACAUUUAUAUGAAGUUAUAUCAUGUAUAUGUUUCCUAAGUUUAUGUGUUAAAUAAUGUACAUCUUCUACCAAUUUGCUCACCAUCAACUGUUUCAAUGGUUAUGUACUGUAUAGGGCCCGGAGUCUUUCAUGGUCACAUGGUCAGGGAAAACUUAGGGCACUAGCUAUGUAUGCGUCCAUCAGAUCUUUACAGAUGUUGACAUGCAACAUUUCAUGUUUACAUACUGUAUAUUUGUUAUUCUCCUUGCAGUUACAAUUUUUUUCAAAAGUUAGAUGUUGUGCAUAGACAUUGUACGUCAAAUGAAGUCUUCACAAAUCGCCUGUGUCUCAAGAGAUUUGUGCAUAUAUUAUUAACUAUUGAAGUGAACAUUUCCAUGAAUACUUCUACUAUUGCCAAAAUUGGUGCCGUAGACAACAAUUUCCAUUGUUUUGCUAUUUAGUUUGUCUGACAAAUUACCCCUAAAUUGUGUUAUAAAAAAUCUUCCUAAAACAACACAACCACAUAAUGGUGUGGAACGCACACAUUCGGGGAAGAGUGUUAUGUGAAAUGUGAAACAAUGUGGCACUCCUCUCUGUCAUCACCUCUAGUCUAAUCCAAUAUCAAUCUAAAAGGCUGAUAUCAUAGAAUUUGAGAACUUUGUCUGAAAAGUCAUAUCUCACGGGAAUCCAAGUUUACUGUUAUUAUUUUUGAUUCGUUUGCCUGUCGUGAUUUGUCAAAUGAAAUGUCAUUCAUGCAGACAGGUGAAAAGAAGACUUCUCAGUGUAACCUCUGUAGUUCAAGUUGCUUGAGAAAUGUUGGGAUGAGUGUGUGGAUGCGAUGCUCAGUGUUUGCUACGGCAACAUGACUUGAGGGCCAAGGUAGGGAUCAUGGCACCAUUGCAGUUUACCAACAGUUUUACUCAUCAGAUUGGAUAUGGGGGUAGAAUGAGUAAUGUGCUGUUCAGAUUAUAUUAGCUUUUAUAAGGACGCCGCAUCACGGUUCAUCUGACGAAAUGUCAAAGCAAUAAAAAAAAAUGACGGAUGAAAUUGUCACAACAUUGUGUAAAUAUGGAAUGUAUUUGUGCUUUGGAAGAUGGUGCAUGCGAGUGUUUGACGUUGUGUUGUAGGGGGGUGCCAAUAUACUCUGCUGAGAAGCACCAGCGUUAAUGAAUUUAUUCAUAUUUAUAUAUAUGACUAUACAGUAGUUUAGACUGUAUGGUCGUGUAUUCAUUUGAGUAGUCUCACCGCCAUAGUCUGUAUGACACUGCCAUUCUACAAUCUCUGGAUUGUUUGACUUGAAAAGUGAUGUGAAAGAUGCAAUGGGGCCGUCAGUAUUCAAUGUACUUAACUGUCCAUAAGCUAUUGUUAUAUAUUGACGUAGAAUCAUCAACAAAAAAUUACAUAUUUUUUACCCUCACUUUCCAAAUGGUCUGGUAAUUUGGAAUAAUUUUGACCCCCAAUAUCUUUUUCACGUAUUUGAAUGUGACGGUAUAAGGAACAUACCCACAGCUUCUAUUUUCUACAAACUCCAAUUGUAAUUCUUUCCAUAGCGGCAAACUAAAAAGACAGAGAAUAUCUGAAUAAAGUAUUCCAUUAAUGAAUUAUA